UUACACUCUCUUCUCUGUUGUCAAAUGUUAGAUGUUUUGGGUAUAAUUUUUACCUAGAAAAUAUCAUUAAAAUUAUAAACUAAAAACUACUCAACCAAUUAUAAAAUAGAACUAUUAAAUUUGAUUGGUUACACAGUUUUUGAUAAACUUAAAGUUACAUAAAAAAAUGAGAACAUCUUAUAUAUUAAAACAUAAAAAAUAUUCAAAACAUCUUAUAUUUCAGAACAGAGAGAGUAUUUGCUGGUUAUGUGCUGAAUUAAAUAAUUAUUAUUUGUGGAAUAGAAAAAAAGAAAAGAUGAAUCAAUUGGAACGCCGACAAAAAAAAGAAUGAAUUGGAACAAAAUUAAAAUUAUAAGUAGAACUGAAUUUCACUCAUCAUAUUUAUUCAUAUAUAUUUAAGAAGUGGAACAUAAAGGAUAAAUAUUACAAUUUUAUUUUUCUUUACUCAGAAAAUAGAAUAUAUGCAAUUAAUUUUUUUAAAAAAAUUAUUGUAACUAUUACUUUUUUUGAGGAAAACAUAUAGAAUGAUGCAUUCCAAACAAUUUAUUCCAAAAAAUAAAUUUAUGUUGAAUUCAUUGAUUUACACUAGUCGUACCAAGAAAUAUACAUGAUUUGAAAUCUACAUUUUUUUAGAUAUAUAUUCCAGUAUGAAUAUGUUUUGAUUGUGAUCUUACUUGCUUAUAACUAUUUUGAAAAUAAUAAUAAUAAACGGCUUGUUGUGUAUCGAUUGUAAUUAGGUACGAUCUUGUCAGUAAGCAGUUGAAAGACCAGAGAAAAGAGUAUGAAUGGGGCCAGUUCACCUGUAAAUUGUAAUGAUGGUCACCACGAGGCUACACGCCGAAAAAAAUCUCAACUUAUUAGAUAAUUUACCUUUUCAAUAAGAUAUUCUCUCCAACAUCCAACUAAAACGUAGUCUUGAGGUCUAGAAUUUGCCCGGAAGCAGCAUAUGUCUUUAACUAAUACCAAGUUGGAAAUAAAUAUAUCAUAAUACCCUAACUAAUCUCUAUAGAGUGCAGGCUUUUCAUAGAGUGUGGCCAAUGAUCGAACAAAAUGCCAACCUCUAACUAAACUCGUGGAAGAUUUGGAUAAGUAGGAAGGAAUUGUUAAGUCAUUAUGUAUAAAUAUGUGAUAUGAGGCAGUUCAGUUGUUGUAAGAAUUUUUAUUAUCAUUUUUCCGAGGUCUAGUGUGUUAUAAAUUAAGCAUUUGCUUGAUCACUUUGAGCUAGAUCCAUCUUAAACUUGAUUAAUACUAUAAUAUUCUGAGAUGAGAAUGGAAUAUUUUCAAAAAGUUUUACCUCCUCCUACACACCAUAGGCCUUAAUGAUGCUUAUAAUCAUUGCCUCGUUCAAUUAUUAAAAGCUCUUUUGAUUUCAAGCUUUACACAUCAACAGUCAUCACACACUCGCUUCUCCUACUUAUAGAUCCACGUUCAAGAACUUGGAAAUUAUCUCAAAAACUGAAAGCUAAAUAAAAUAAGAAAGACAUAUAAAACAAAGAAGAGGAAGAAAAGAUGAUAAGAAGAAACGCAGUUCAUGCCACUUCAAGUCUUCCGUCGAGAUUGUGGUGGCCGCAGCAACGGAGGAAAGGAAAACGGGCCGUCGUGAGAUUAGGAAACAGGAGACGAGGGUUCUUGGUGGGGCAACCGCGGACGGUGGUGCAGAGAUGGAGGAUGAACAUCGGAAAGCCGUUGAAGAUAAUGAGAAAUAUCAUUUUGGGAAUUAUCACAAAUGGUGGUAAUGUUAAGUUCUUAGAUGCUUAUCUUUGGUCUUUACCGAUCUUACGUCCGCAGUUGUUUCCACUAUGUUGACCAUUUGUGUUAUACCAAACUCUAAUUAUAAAACUGUAAUAUGUUUCUUGUUUUUUUCUUUCCCUUUUCCCACUUUUUUUUGUAUGAAUCUAAAUAAUUGGCUAUAUAAUGAAGUUAUAUUUGUUUGUGUA